CGCGGUCGGCGCCACGACGCGACGAUUGCCAUCCAUUCGCUCGUCCGCCGGCACGCACGCCUGGCGUUCGCCUGCACUGCUCACGCCGUCGCGCGUUUGACAUAACUAUACCAUCAAUGGUGUUUGUGAAUAUCAUUACAGAACUUCGACAAAACAACUCCUGCGCCGGGAACCACCAACACCUUCACCAUGGACAAGGAUCACGCUUUAGAAGAAAUGAUGGGAAAGCUCGGUGACUUCGGGCGGUACCAAUGUUUCCAGUUCAUACUCCACAUCUUGGCGGCCAUGACGGCUGGCAUGCACAUGCUGUCCCUAGUCACAGUGGCUGCGGUACCGGAACAUAGAUGUUACCUGCAAGGGAUUGACAGUGCAAACUAUACGGAGCCGUUUAAUUCGUCUCUGGUUCAGGCCGCCAUUCCACUCAACGAACAUGGGAAACUCGAAUCCUGUCUGAUGUAUGGAGACAAUAAGACUGUCGUAGAAUGUGAUUCUUGGGUCUACGAUACCCAGUAUUACUCGUCGUCUCGGGGCAUCGAGUGGGACUUCGUGUGCAGCCGUCGGUGGAUGGGAGCCUCAGCACAGACUGCCUACAUGUUCGGCGUGGUAGCUGGUUCACUCAUAUUUGGCCGCCUUUCUGACAAAUUCGGAAGAAAAAAAGCAUUCCUCUGGUCUGGAAUCCUUCAGCUUCUUCUAGGAACAUCUGUUGCUUUCGCCUCAGAUUAUUAUACUUUCGUAAUCAUUCGAUUCCUUUACGGUAUCUUCGGAUCAGGUUCAUACAUCGCUGGGUUUGUUUUGACGAUGGAAAUAGUCGGCCCAAGUAAGCGUACCAUAUGUGGUGUCACGUUUCAAAUCAUGUUCGCCGUCGGAAUAAUGCUUUUAGCCGCUUGGGGAUACUUAUUAGAUAACCGAUUCUAUUUGCAAAUAGUGUAUGCGUUACACGCAGCGGUAUUACUUCCUCACUGGCUAAUUAUGGAUGAAUCCCCAAGGUGGCUCUGGGCUCAGGGGCGUGCUCGUGAAUCUGUUGCUAUUAUAGAGAAGGCUCUGAAAUUCAAUGGAGUUACUGACCCUGUUGAUACUCCAGCCCUAGUAUCCCACUGUAAGGCAACAUGUGCCAAAUACACUGAUGAACAUUCUGCUGGAACUACUGACUUGUUUAAAACACCGAGAAUGAUGAAGAAGACUCUUAUCAUUUGCGGUUGUUGGUUCGUCAAUUCUGUAGUGUACUACGGCCUCUCUCUAAAUACUGGCAAGUUGAGCGGAAACCCUUAUUUCCUCAUGUUCUUAAUGGGAGUGGUAGAAUUACCCAGUUAUAUUCUUAUUGUAUACUUUUUGGACCGCGUUGGACACAGGGCUCUUAUCAGUACUAUGAUGUUGUUAGGAGGAAUCGCUUGUCUAGUCAUUGUUGCUUUACCCCAUGGUUCGACUGCAACAACAGGCAUCGUAAUGGUAGGUAAAUUAUUUAUAUCUGGCUCCUACUCAAUCAUAUACAAGUACUCUGCAGAACUUUUCCCGACAGUUGUGCGCAGCUCAGGAGUAGGGCUGGGCAGUAUGUGUGCAAGUGUAUCUGGUGCUCUAACGCCACUCAUUAACUUGCUGGACACCCUCAACCCUAAAAUACCUACCAUAUUAUUUGGAUUUCUGGCUUUGCUAUCUGGAUUUUCAACAUACUUCCUACCUGAAACUAUUGGUAGGAACUUGCCACAAUCAUUAGAAGAUGGAGAGAAAUUCGGUGUUGGUGACACCUGCUUCACAAACUGCAGUGGGCGACGAAUGAGCACUGACACUGUGGACUUGCCAGAGACAAUGGUACCGUUGGAAGUUAUGGAGAAGAAACCGUAAAGACUGUACUGUAUUGUGAGGUCUAUAUGUAAAGCUAUUGUAUAGCUAUAGUCUAGAACUGCGUCUUAAGAAUAAGCAAUACAGGUAAUACGGCCAUUGUAAUAACUUAAGACUAUGUCUCAUUUUAAUGAACACCAUACGUAAAGCUUGCAUUUUAUGAAUUUUGCUCAAUAUUUUAACUUUAUCUGGUAUUUGUACACGACUCAACAAUGUUUUAUACUGUGAAGUUCCCUUUUGUUAUGUAACUGUUACUGUUUUGCGAAGAAAUUAGUAAUUAAGUGGUUAUGUACGUAAAUAGAUGUCGGUAGGAUUACUGUUAUGUUUAAAUUGUCUAGUCAAGAGUUGAUAUCAGGCAAGUCGCGUUCCUGUGGACGGUAUUGCUGAAGACUGGAUGAUUAUCCUAAAAACAAAUAGGAAUAAUAAUAAUGUGGACUUAUAUAACAAGUAAAUAGUAUAUUUUUCGAAUAAGUAAGCAAUGAAAAGUACAAUUGAAUGUACACAUGUAGAAAUUAAGUACAAUACUGCAAAUACAACACAACUCAUAGUAUUGAACGAAAAAUGAAAUGUUUAAAUAUCACUUACAUUGCAUCUUUUAUAAGCUAUAGAUUAUUUGAAUUAAAUUAAUAUUUAUAUUAAUUACAUGAUCAAAUAGCUAUGAAUAUAGCGUAUAUAGUAUUGUACUUAAAUUUUUUAGUUAGUGAUCAUACGAAAUAACAAAGAAUUCAUACCUGGCAGUAAAUUAACAAGUAGAACGUAAGGUAUUUUUAGUAAUAAAUCGGUAGUUAAUAUUAAGAUUCUCCUUGAAAAUGAGGUUUCUAAUAACUGAUAGUGUCUUAGAAAAUACUUGUUGAACAAUACGCACAAGCUAUUUGUAUCCAUACAAACAUUUAAGUAAGUAAGGAGAUCAAAAUGCCUUUGUUUAUAGCCUUCGAUUUAUGGAAAAUUAAUAAGAAAUAACGCUAUUAUCACACUAACAUUAUAAAUGUGAAAGUUGGUUUGUUUGGAUAUUUGUCCGUCGAUCACGUUGACACUACUGAACAGAGUCUAUUGAAAUUUGGCGUACAGACAGAAUAUGAGCUGACUUAGGUUAAGCCCAUGGGAACGCAGGCGAAACCGCUGGCAGAAGCUAGUAUUUUAUUAAAUCGACGGCUACAAACAAACGCAAGUCGUAGAAUAUGUAUUUAUCUAUUUUUUACUAAUUCUGGUCUUUUACACCAGUCUCUUACUUACCUUUUCACCUAGUCGUUUUGGCUAAUCUACUUUUGAAUUAUUUUUUACUUAGCAUUUGACUAGUGAUUUAGCUCUGACGUAGGCAAGGCGAAGAAACCGUGUAGCAAUGCGUAGUGACUACGUGGAGUGUAGCAAUUCACGGCGUAGUCGCUACGUUAAAUGUGACGUAGUCGCUGGGCUACACGUCGCGUAGUCGUUGUGCUACACGUUACGUAGUCGUAGUGCUACACGCUACGUAGUCGCUAUGCUACACGCCGCGUAGUCUCUACGCGACGUAGGCGUUUCUACGCUUUGCGUAGUCUCUACGAUAAAUGUGGCGCAACCACUUUGUAACCUUAUACAUGUCAUUUAUUACAUGUUAAUCUAUUACGACUUGAUUGAACUUUGAUAUUAUUAGAGCUGAUUAGCCUUUUGAACACUACAAACGCGGAUAAGUACACAGGAAAAAGUAUAAAAAUACUAUAAAUAGAAAUCGUUAACAAUCAAAUAUAUAUUGUUCCUAAUUUCCCAAAGCGCUGCGCCAAGCUACGCCUACGUCGACUAACGCCUACGCUCGCUGGAACAAUGCCACACUUAGAGGCGCCCCUAUGUCGCAGGGUAGUAAUGAAUAAACGAACUAGCGAGCCUAUUACAACUGACUGAUAUGAACAUUGAUUCUCUUCCUACAAUUUUAUAUUGCAAAAGAGUUUAUUCGAAAAACGACUCAAUAAUAUAAUAUAGGCACCAAAUCAGGCAGCCAGACGCUAUUUAGAGUAAAGGAUUUAUUUCCUAUGCAUUAAAUAUUGAACUGUCUUUAUUUACUACCCUGCUACAUAGCCAACAAAGGUCAUACAUACAUACUCAUAACAGCACUGCCAGUUUGUGCUCGAAACAUUACACUAAAAACUUAGUAAAUAAGUACCUAAAGCUUCAAGCAUCAGUGUAAUUAAUUUAUUUAGAAAGCAAUUUAAGGGUAUUUUGUAGCAUUUAGAUGUUAAUGAGCAAGUCAUUUAUUUGUAUGGUUAAGUCUAGAAGUGGAGUAGAAAUAAAUUGUUCCCAGUGCUUAUCACAUAUCACAUUUUUAUCAAUUUAUUAAAGGUUUAGAAAUUAUAUUACUUACCUAACUAUUACAAAAAACUUUAGGUAUAUGUAUGAAUUAUUACUUGGUUCUAAAGUUAUGCGUUUUACGCCUUAUUCAAAUUAAAAACAUUAGCCACAUCGGCAACACAGGCAGCAUAUCCAUUACGAGGUUUACUAUAAAUAGCUGGAUUCUAAGUACUAGGUAGCUUUAAUCAAUUUCCAUUUUACAUUUUAUUACUUGCUAACAGAAUAUACGUACGUGAAUAGAAUAUUCAAGUGUUCAUUACUGUCAGAAUAUUUAUUAUUAUAUCUGUGUUAUUUUAUAUCAAGAAACUUCAUAGAUUGAUAAAAUAGGUAGCUCUAUAAAGAAUCACCAGUUUUAUUCAUAUUUAUGUAAUUAUAACCCAUUGUGUUUGUUAUAUAUUUUUAAUUAUAUAGGUACCUAUUUAUGAUCAAGUGCUUCCAUCAAGACUGAAAAGAGCAAUAGCCGGUAUUUAUUUAAUGAAAAAACUAUGUAUAAAGCUAUAUCUAUUUUAUACCUUUUGUAAUUAAAUAACUGAAUGACAAAGUUAUAAAGAAAAGAAAACAAGGUAUGAAGAAAACAGGGAAAUGUUAGGAAUUAAAUUAUAUUACAGGAAGAAAUAUUAUUUGUUAAGAGCAACAAAAGAUUUUAAUUGGGAAAAUGCUAUAUAUUUUAUGGAUUGAUUAGAAUAGGUGACCAAAGAAGGAGUGGAUAGGAGUAGAAUAUGAGAAUUUCUUAAUUGAAAUAUACGGUUUAUACACAUAACUCUAUCAGUUUCAAGUGAAACCGGGACUCAUAUCCAUGAGCAGUAUAAUGUAAACUGUAUAUUUCAAUUAAUUCAGAAUGCAAACUGUUUGCUUCAGUAUAAAUGGAAGGGAGGAUUGAAAUUGAAAAUUACGGUCAGCUAAGUCAUUUGGUAUGAAGAGAUAUUAACUAUUGUUAAAGAAAUUGUAUGGUCGUAUCAAAACCAUAACUUUUGAAAGGUCGUCGGCUCAGUAGUUUUGUACUAAAUCAAUCUUUAUUUUCUUACUUAAUAUCAAAUAGCUUGGCUGACUAUAAAUGGUUGUAAAGGAUCAAUGAAAAGUGACAUAAGGUAGGUAUUAUAUUCUAAAUUGCAUAAUAUCACGUAGAAUAGUACUUAGAAGAAACGAUACUUGUCAUGUAAUUGAGUUGUAUAGCCAAGUAAGUAAUUUGAGAGUACUUACCUUUUUUGUAUACUGUGCAUUGUAUUCAAUGAAGUAAGACAGGUAGGUAAUUGCUUCUAUCUUUGUGUUAAACAGUCUUGUCCAUAAGUAAGCGUUUAAUAAAAGGUUUUAAGAAAUGCAUUAAACAAGCUGUUUGUUUCGUUUUCUAUUAUUUUAUGUAAGUAUCAUGUAUCUACUAAUGAACUGUAAAGACUAUGUCAAUAUAGGAUAAGCAUGAAAAACACGGUGUACACGAAUUUAAUAAAGAUUUUUUUU